AUGGCCUCCAUGGAGAAAGCAGAGCCAGUUUUGGCCCCAAAAGCGCCAAAUUCUAGAAAGAAGAAAUUUAUUCUAGGUAUUGCUGUGCUUGUGGUUGUCGUCGUCGUCGCGCUGGCCGUGGGCCUAGGCGUGGGCCUCUCACGCAACAAGGGAGACGAAAACGAAAGCAAAAACGAUGAAAAAACACCUCCGAGCGCUGGUGGUAGCAUUAAUCGAACAUCCAUCUGGAAGCCAGAGGUAGGAACUCCCUGGCAGAUUAUCCUGAGCAAGCCCAUCAAGCUCAGCAGCGACGAUGGCGCCGUCUCGCCUAAUACGACAGUCUACGACCUUGACAUGUUUGAAAACGACGCCGAAUCCUUCCGCAAGCUCAUAAAUGCCGGAAUAAAUGUCAUCUGCUACUUCAGCGCCGGCUCAUGGGAAGAGUGGCGCGAUGAUGCCGCCAAGUUCGACAAAAAGGAUCUCGGCAAGGAGCUCGACGGUUGGCCGGGCGAGAAGUGGCUAGAUGUGAGGAGCGAUUCGGUACGAAGCAUCAUGAAGGAACGCAUAAAGCUGGCUGCUUCAAAGGGAUGCAUGGCUAUUGACCCGGACAACGUGGAUGGCUUUCAAAACGAAAACGGCCUUGGACUGACGGCCAACGAUGCGGCUGACUUUGUCAAGUUUCUGGCCGGCGAAGCCGCCUCGUACAACAUGUCAACGGGCCUCAAGAAUGCGGCCGACAUUAUCGACGACGUGCUCGACGUGGUGCACUUUUCGGUCAACGAGCAGUGCAUUGAGAUGGCCGAGUGCCCGUCAUUUGCGCCUUUCAUCAAGGCUGGCAAGCCCGUCUUCAACAUUGAGUACCCCGAAGGUGCCCCUGACGAUCUCAGCGCACAAGUCACGACCAACAUCUGCUCGCACAGGGGAAACGCCGCCGGGACUGAAGGCUUCAGCACCGUCAUCAAGAAGAUGAACCUGGAUGGGUGGGUCGAGUACUGCGACGGCAAUAAGUUUGACACUCCCAUCAACAGUUGA